AGCCUUAGGUGGCUCAAGCCGCGCUUCUCUGCGCGGGAAAUGGUUGCGGGACGCUGAGACCAGCUCGCGCACCAGACCAGGGCCUGCAAGAGCCAUGGACUUCAAGAGCAUCCAGGAGUGCGAGAGCAACCUGGCGUUCGCCAAGGCGUCCGGCGACGUCUUGCUGGAGGCAGCCGCGACCCUGGACUUGGCGAAGGCGCACGUCGCCAGCCUCGUCAAGAAGCUCGGCAAGUGCUCGGUGCCGUCCUCGGAGGACUCCAUGGAGGCACUGAAGAGGGCCAAGGACGCCUUCACGCUCUCGUCGUCGGCGGGCAGCAGGGAGGGCGGGGAGGAGGCCGCACACGUCGCCGGACUGGUGCUGACGUACAACGGGGUCCCCCCGCACGCGUACGAGAUGUCCGCAUCCGACCCGGAGGUGCUCUUCCAGGAGGUGAUGGCGGGCAAGUACACGACCCCUCAGAACGCAUUCCCGGCCCCCCCGAUGCCCAGCAAGGGCUUCAAGCUCGACGAGGUCGUGCCAUCCGUGAAGCAGCUCGACCACGCCAAGUGGGGUUGGUACAGCCCCCUGAAGGGCUACACUUACACCCUGACGUGGCAGGCCACGAAGGGCCUGAAGGACCGCAGCCUGAACAACAACACCAAGCGCAAGGCGUACGACGUGUUGGGCAUCAACACCGGCUCCAAGAGCUUCGGCGUCACCGCCCUGGUUGGGGCCAGGAGCAACGAGGCCUCGGAGCGCGCCGAGGCCUUCAUGGUCUACAUGGUGUCGCCCGACGUGUUCCUGAAGCAGGGGUCGCAG